CGUCAUAAUAUUUUGUCCCGCUCCUGCAUCUGGGCUGAAGAAAGGACAAAGUGUCCAAACACAGGAAAAUCGUCUGGUGAAGCAACUGAGAUUCACGUGAUUCACACUAUUAUAAAGAUGGCAUUUAUUAAAGAGGAGAUUGAAGAUUUGAAGAUUGAAGAAGCAUUUAAUGUCAAACAUGAAGAUGCUGAGGAACAAACAGACCUAAUGCCACUGAAAGAGGAAAGUGAAGAACUAAAUGAAAUGCAAGAUAAAGAUCAGUUUAAGAAACAUAAUGAUUUCAUAAAUGGACAAAAGUCAUUUAGUUACUCACAAACUGAAAACACUUGUUCACAAAAAAGAGCUCAAACGACUAGAACUAGAAGGCAUUUUACCUGCCAACAGUGUGGAAAGAGUUUCAAUCAACAAAGACACCUCAAAGUCCAUGUGAGGAUUCACACAGGAGAGAAGCCUUACACCUGCAAUAUGUGUGGAAACGGUUUCGGUCGAAAAGAAAGCCUUAAAGUCCACAUGAGAGUUCACACUGGAGAGCAGUCUUACACCUGCCCUCAAUGUGGAAAGGGUUUAACACAGAAACAAACUCUUAUUACCCACAUGAGAAUUCACACAGGAGAGAAGCCUUUCACCUGCCAACAGUGUGGAAAGAGUUUUACCCAAAAAGGAAACCUGAAUGUACACAUAAUGAGUCACAUUGGAGAGAAGCCUUUCAUCUGCCAACAGUGUGGAAAACGUUUCACUCAACAAGGAAGCCUUAAAAUCCACAUGAGGAUUCACUAUGGUGAGAAGCGUUUCACCUGCCAACAAUGUGGAAAACAUUUCAUUGAACACAGAAACCUUAAAGUCCACAUGAGAACGCACACUGGAGAGAAGCCUUUCACCUGCCAACAGUGCGGAAGAUGUUUCAAUGUAAAAGGGACCCUUAAAAGCCACAUGAGCAUCCACAGUGGUGAGAAGCCUUACACCUGCAAACUGUGUGGAAUCAGUUUUACUCAGCAAGGAAGCUUUAACAGGCACAUGAGAACCAUACACCUGCAAAACUAAAUCUUCAGCCUCAUAUGAACAGUCACACUAAUGAGAGGACAUUUAUAUGUUGUUAGGAAAGAGCUUCAGACAUAAAGUAACCCUUAAUAAGCCCACAAGAACUUACUCAUUUGGGAAGAAACCUUACAUGUGACAUCACUGUGGAAAGACUUGCAAAAAGAAAGUACACCUUAAAGUUCACAUGGAAAUUCACAUGGAGAACAGCCCUUUACAUAUAAAUAAUAUCUGAAACAUCAUUUGCAAACUCAUUCUGGAAAGAUACUGUAUUGUUCUUGAGUGUAAUAAGGAAAAAAAGAGUAGUUUAAGAAAUGUCCUCUACAUUCACUCUGGAAAAUGGUGAUUUAAGUAUGGUCAGUGUAGAAAAAAAUGAUUUUGCCAUCAUCCUUAGAAAUACAUCUGAAAUGUCAUAUGCAAAACCUUGUUUGUAUUCUUUUGUGUAAAGAGUUUUGGACAACCGAAACAGAAACAGUAAAACAGUGACAUUUUACAAGCUCUCUACUGUGAUUGGUCUUUUAGUUAGUUUGUCCUUGUGUUAGUCAAUUACUUUCUUUUGUUCUGU